AUGGAAAGUACAUGUUCUGAAAGAUUUUUAUCCACAUUGUCAGAUGAAACUGAAUGCUACCUAUAUCCAAAGCGAAUGAAAAUAGAAAGUAAUCAAAAAAGCACAGAGAAAGAGGAGCAGCAAAAGCUAGAAGAAAGCAUACACUGUGUGAACGGAUAUCAAACAUCACCACAUGAACCUGUAUAUUUAUCAGAAAGACAAACCAGCUGGGCAUUAGAAAAGCAAAGUUGUGACCCAGCAAGAAAACUGUGUAUGAGAGAGUUUUUCCAUUUUCAAACUUGUAGUAACGAAAGAUUACCAUAUAGAGUAUCAGAAAGUAAACUGUCCACCAAAAAAUGGAGUACUGAAAAUGAAGACCAAAAUACUGUAGAAAAUGACAAUUCAUUGAAUGUACAUGAACAGGCUCUUGAAACACAGUCGCCCAGUAUGUGGGGUGCUGAUAACAUGUGCAAAAAUCUACAGGUACUAAAUCCACCCCAAGCACAGCAGAACAACAAUAUAGAACAAAAUACUAAACGAAAUAGUGGUAAUGAGCUCAAACAAAAUUCUUCAGUUACUCCCUGGAACAGAGACUUGUUUCAGAUGGAAUUGUUAAGUCAUAAGUCUGUCUCUGAUAAAAAGUGGAAACAAUACCAGCUUUUGCAAAUUCCAUUUUUAUGUGGUACGAGUUCUGUGUUUUCACAUCUAGAACAUGAGAAAAAUAAUUUUAUGAAAAAAGUACGUUCUACAGAAGAUAAAGAUUAUUUCAGUAGUGAUAAUGAAACUACUGCAGGAAGAGAUAAUAAAGAUAAAAAUAAUUCAUCAUAUAUAAUUCCAGCAUUAAAACCUUUUAAAAGUAUACAACCACUGGAAAUUCCUAAUUUUCAACUUCCUAGCAUUUCAAAUAAAAUAAAUAGUAAAAUAUCAUCAACUAACUUGAAGGAGUCAGAUUGGAAGAAUUUUAGAGAUCAGCCGUCUUUGAUGCAGUCUAAACAGAUGUAUGGUGUGCAAAAAAUGUCUGAGAUAGGGAGACGAAGAUCGCAAAAUGAUAAAAACAGUAUAAACACUUCAACUAUUGGUUCUGAACUUAAAGAAGAGAAUUGCCCAUCAAUUAGCAAACAAGAGCACAGUGCUUUGGCAGAAAGAGGAAAAGUAUCUGUAACUUAUAUAGAUGCUGAUAGAAAAGAAUGUGUUAAGUCAAAAGAGUUGCAAAUAAAUUCUGAUAAUUUUCUUUCUAAAAAAUCAUUUUCUCUUUUUGACACAUAUGAAAAAAUUCCCCUUACCACUGAUUCUGAAGACUUUGACCAGAUCCCAAUUGCUAAAGAAACAGUGCAGUUUUCUUUACAAGGGCAUACACAGACAAAUAAGGCAGUCAGUUUAGAGCCAGCAACUUUGAAACAACAUCUUGAGUAUGUAAAAGAACAGGAAGAGAUAAGUGAUGAACAAAUGCAUGAAACUAAUGAAAGUCAAUGUGAGACUGUAAUGAAUGACUUGAUUAUGUCAUAUUCAGAAGAUGAAUCUAAAACAUUCAUUGCUGCAGAAGAGAAAUUAAAAAUGCAUUUAUCUGUAAUGAACAAUGGAUGUCUUGAAGAUGUAAAAGAUAAGUAUUUACCUUUAGGAAAUAAAAUCACAUAUGAAUUUGAACUGAAGAGAAAAUUUGAUUUAGUGCUAGAAGAGCUACGUAUGUUUCAUGAAAUUAGCAAGGGAAAUGAAAACAAUUUAUCUAGUUUGGAAACAAACUUACAAAACAAUUAUUGUGAAUUAAAUAAUUCUAAGGGGACAGAUGAAAAUGUGACAAGUGUUUCUCAAAAGAAAAUAUGUGUUUCUUCCCCAAUCUGUGGUGCUAUAGAAGGGCAAAACAUAACUGACAGUAAUGAAAGUUCAUUAAAUGAAAACAUAACAAAUGAAAAUAAAGACCAAAAAGUAUCUAAGGAAUACUGUAUUUCAAGACUGUCAAGUGAAGAAUUGCUGCAUUCACCUAUCACAGAAGGCAAUUUUGAUGCAGCUUAUAAAAAGCCAUACACGUGGGACCCUGCUUUUUUAUCCUGCAGACUUCUUAAGGAACAAAAUUAUAAUUUACACAAAGAGGGAGGAUACUUUCUGUCACAUGAAGUUAUAAGAGUACAGCCUCUUAAAACGUGCAAGGGCCCCAUCAGGAUUGGGCUGUCAAGAAAAGCUCGUCCCAAACAGCUUCAUCCUUAUCUGAAAUGA